AUGACCUGCCUGGAGUUUGUAGAGAACUUGGCGGAGCUCAACGAAGGCGAGAACUUCCCCAAAGACGUGCUCAAGGCCUUGUACAUGUCCAUCAAGACGGCACCUCUUGAGUGGGCUGUGGACGACUCUGAACAAGACGGUACUUCCUCUCAAGAUAAUCAGUCCAAUGCGUCUGAAGCCAGGCCUGCGGGAUUCAUUGGCCACAACCCAUUCUUGGAGGUCCCCAACCCGAACUGUGCUACGGAGUACAAGAAAGGUUACGUGAUGCGCAAGUGCUGCUUGGAUCCGGGAGGCAAAAGAACUCCCCUGGGAAAGCGUGGCUGGAAGAUGUUCUGCGCAACGCUACGGGAUCUUGUACUCUAUCUGCACAAGGAUGAACAAGGAUUUCGCAAGAAUCAGCUGUAUGAAAGCCUGCAUAACUCUAUUCGAAUCCACCAUUCAUUGGCCACCAAGGCAACAGACUACACCAAGAAGCAGCAUGUGUUCCGACUACAGACAGCAGACCAGGCAGAAUACCUCUUUCAAACAGGCGAUGCCAAGGAACUGCAGAGCUGGGUAGACACACUCAACUUUGUGACUGCCAGCCUGUCAGCGCCACCCCUUGCCGGUGCAGUAGGCAGCCAGAAAAGGUUCCAGCGGCCCUUGCUUCCUGUCAGCCACACCAAGCUAAACCUGAGAGAACAGCUGACAGAUCACGAGAAUCGUAUUGUGUGGCUGGAGAAGGAACUGGAGGAGCAUGUGGCAAACGCUCCCGAGAAAGGAGCCAAGUCUCGUGCAGUGGCGGAGUUCGUCGAAAAAGAAAAUUUCCUCCAGUGUGAGUUGAGGAGAUACCGCACUUACGCCUACCUGCUACGCUCCAAGAUAACCCAGUACCCCGAGCUGGUACCAGCCCUCGUCGAAACGAGCAUCGGCGAGGUGGACGAACCUGACCAGAACCACAGCAGCGGUUGA